AUGAAACUCUUAACAACAAACUUCCUCACCUGCGCCGUCAAAGCCUGCAAGUCCUCGUCCGCCUCCUUCCCUUUACAUUUCCGCGACGCCAUCCUAGAACGCACCGACAUAGAUUUCAACCCCCUAUUCAUACGCAACAUCCUACCACGCGUGAACUGGGAAGCGUUGACCACGACAGCCGCCGAACUAGGUGUCGGGAGUAUGCUCCCCGAUCGCAACCCACUUGACGACACCAAUGCGGAACAAGCCGAGGGGAUGGACGUCGAGAUGGCCCAGAAAGAGGUCGACGAAGAAGUAUUGAGGAAGCUGCACGCUCUGCUACUGGAGACGGGCGUUGUGGAAGGGAAACUCGUCUGCGGGAACUGCGGGUUCGAAUACCCUAUCAAGGAAGGGGUGGCCAACUUCCUGUUACCCGCACAUUUGGUGUGA